AUGGCAGCAAUGAGCACCGUCGUUGACUUUCAAAACUGCUGCAUGUUCAUUCUCCUCUGCUUCUUCCCACUCUUGUGUUACUCUGUCUUGUUCAUGAAACCAAAGGACAUUGACCUGACUCGGAGCCCUCCCUCUUUCCCCAUCAUUGGUCAUUUCCACCUUCUUCUCUCAACUCUACCCCACAAGUCUUUUCAGAGAAUCUCCACAAAGUAUGGACCUUUACUCCAUCUCCGCUUCUUCAGCUUCCCUAUAGUCCUCGUCUCUUCUCCCUCAGUCGCCUACGAGAUCUACACGACGCACGACCUAAACGUCUCCUCUCGCAGCGUUGCUUCCGACGGCGAGUCUCUCAUAAUGGGGUCUGACGGCAUCGUCAGCACUCCCUAUAAUGAUUACUUCAAGUUCAUCAAGAAGCUCGUGGUCACGAAGCUCCUUCGACCUCAGGCGAUCGAGCAGUCACGCCACGUCCGUGCAACUGAGCUACAAGGGCUUUACACAAACUUGCUCGACAAGGCGACGAAGAAAGAGAGCGUCGAGAUCGGUAAAGAAGCGAUGAAGCUCACUGUCAACAUGAUCUGCGGUAUGACCCUGGGGAAGACUCGUUCAGAGGAUGCAGAGAGGUUCACUGAACUGAUUCUCAAGUCGUUUGCCUUGACCAAGAAGAUAUUCUUCUCAAACAUCUUCCGUAAGCCGCUGGAGAAGCUUGGAAUCUCGCUGUUUAGGAAUGAGAUCAUGGGAGCUUCUCGCGGGUUCGACGAGCUGCUCGAGAGGAUUCUUGUGGAACAUGAAGAGAAGCAUCAAGAUGGAGACUUGAUGGAUUCGUUCUUGGAAGCUUAUCGAGACGAAAACGCCUGA